AUGAGUUUUAUAGACUUUGCUUCUAGUCUUUGGACAAACUUUCAGAACUCUUCGCAAUUGUUUCCCUAUUUAUACAAAGAAUUGGACCGAAAAUACAAUCCAAACACCAAAAUACGAAAACUUAAAGAAAGUGACGCCGACUUAGAGACGAGUCUAUACGGAAAGGUAUGUAUAAUAACGGGCGGCAGUCGUGGCAUCGGAUCAGAAGUGGUCAAAGUGUUGCUGAAGAAGGAAUGUCAUGUCAUCACCGGUUCGUCAUCCAAGAGUGAGUCCGAGCACAUCAAACGACACGACCAACUGAUGGCAGACAUACCUAAAGGCAGAGGAAAGUUAGACAUUUGGCAUUUGGACCUCAAGUCCAUGAAUUCUGUGAGCAAUUUUGCCAAACGCUUCAAACAAACUGGUCUUCCGCUCAACUAUUUCAUCGCAAACGCGGGUAUUAUGUCUCAAAAGAACGAGAAAUUAACUGAAGACAACUUUGAGGGACAUUUGGCUGUCAAUUAUCUGAGCCAUUGUCUGCUUAUCGAUCACUUUUUGGAUGCAUUGCACGAAACGGCCAAAACAUCGAGAUCUGAAUCACGUAUUGUAUUGGUCUCAUCGGCGAUGCAUAGAGUGGGCACUAUUAAGUUCAAUGACCCGCAACUCAAAGCAACAAGGGCAACCACUUAUUUAGCUUAUGGUCAAUCAAAAUUGGCACAAAUUAUGUUUGCAAACCGUAUGACCCGAUGGCUGGAGGAGACGGGCAAUGAUUGGCGGCAAUCAAUUACUGUCAAUAGUUUGCAUCCGGGAAUAUGUAAUACAGAACUGCUCACACAUAUGCCAAUGGUUCAGGAAUUAAAGCCAAUGGCAGCCCAGGCCUUCCGA